AUGGGAAUUAACAGAUUCCACAACAUCAUGCGUUUUUUAAGAUUUGACGACGCUAAUACUCGCAGUCAACGCAAGAAAGAGGAUAAAGAAGCUCCGAUUCGGGAUUUGCGGAUAAUGCUGAAUGCAAAUUUAUCGCAAAUGUACAAGCCUAUGGAAAAUUUGACCACUAAUGAACAAUUAUAUCCAUAUCGAGGUCGUACAGCAUUUACUCAGUAUUUACCUUCGAAGCCAGCUAAGUAUGGUAUAAAAAUUUGGUGGAUUUGUGAUGCUGAAAACGCCUAUCCGUUACACGGCAUAAUUUAUACUGGCAAAAUAAACAAUACCCGCGAAACAAAUCAGGGAGAGAUUGGUAAAAGAAUUAGCAGCUCUCUACCGAGGAAGUGGAAGAAAUAUCUGCAUGGAUAA